UGUUAUGAGAUUUUUCCGUUGGCCCGUACCGCUUCCAAUAGUUUGCACACUCGCUCAGUUGCUGACUCUUUGACUUUGUUAUUUUAUUUUUCAGAUCUUUUUCAGUCAAAAAUACACAUGAUGAGUACACAAGCUUCCCCUACAAAGAUGAGGGAGUUACGUUUACCAAUUUCAAGAGUGAAAACAAUCAUGAAAAGUUCUCCUUACGUUGAUACCGUUGGACAAGAUGGGUUAUACUUGGUUACAAAAGCUACGGAACUCUUUAUACACUAUUUAACAGAAGAGUCGCAUUUGCAAAGCAAUAAAGGGUCUUCAUUGGACUACAAACAUUUGGCGGAAGAAGUACAAACAAACGAUGCAUUGGAAUUUCUCAGAGAAAUAAUGCCUAGAAAAAUUACUGUUAGGCAGUUCAAGGAAAUGAUGGCAGCCAAAAAUGAAUCUCGUAGUAAUUCUUCCGAGAGUAGUUCAGAUUCUGACAGCGAUAGUGAUUCUGAUACAGGUUCCUGCUCAGAUAGCGAUGAGACAAAAGCAGAAAAUGGAAACUCAUCAGGCAGUGAACAGGAAAGUGAGACUAAGGAAAAUAGUAAUUCAGUCAGUGACAAAAGUGAAAGCAGUGUUAAAAGUGACAGUGAAGAUGACAGUAAGAGAUGAGAACAUCUACAAGCCUCUAUAUCUGUCACAAUUUAUUAAUUUAAAUCAAUUUACAAUUUUUUGUUAUUUUGAACAUAAAAUAUUGAUCAAAAUUAUAUAUAUAUAUAUAUGUCAUUUCAUUCGUUUGUAACUGAUGAAAUGAAAGCACCUACAAGCCUCUAUAUCUAUUGCAAUUUAUUAAUUUAAAUC